CAGAGUGCAGACUACUCGGUUCUCGCUGCACUCACGCAAAAAGCGGCAUGUAUCCAUGUGUUUUUAAUCUUUUUAAUUAAAUAAAUAUUUAUCAUGAGUAGUAAUUAUAAGAAUUUUCUAAGAUUAUUAGAAAAUUGGCCAUUGGAAAGUUCGAAGAUUGGAAGAGAUCUAAGUCAGCAUAUUCGUGAUCAGAUAAAGAUUGCAUUUGCAAAAGGCGAUAUCCCACAAGCAAAUCAGGAUCAAUGUAAUCGCUAUUAUGAAAGUUUGACACGAUUGAGUAUAAAUAAAUACGGAAAUCGCUACAAACGAAAAACUGAUUCAACAGCAACUGGAUUAACGCAUGAUCAGUGUAAUUUAGCGCUCACGCCAGAGUUUUUGGAAGCAUUACACGAAGACGAAGCCACAUAUUUCCAAAAGAUCAAGAGAAAAGUAUUUGGACCGGAAAAAAAUGACUAG